UCGGAGCUCAGGACGCGGGACUACGCCGCGACGCCCUCGCGCAGAGACCCACCGCGACCGUCGCGCAGGCGCAGGCAGGGGCGGGGCCAAGGCGGGCGGCGAUUGGCUGGAUUCGGGAAGCCACACCCCUCGGGCAGGUCACGUGGCCGUCGGGGCGGAGUUGGCGAGCUUUUGGAGCAGCGCGCGUCAGCCGCGGGGCGGAGGUGGGCCCGGCGCGGCGAGCCGGGUUCUGGGCGGCGCGGCGCGGCCAGGACCGAACAGUUCCCUCCAACAAGUGAGCAGAGGUGGCAGGAGGUUUACGCGGGGGCUGCCCGCCCGCCGGCACCGGUCCUCCCUGACUCCGCAGGAUCGCGGUGCACAAUGAACCCCAAUAUGAAGCAGAAGCAGGAAGGCACCCAUGGGCGCGUGCAGUCCUGUCCCGAGGAGGACCCUGACGAUGAUCCAGCCGUCCACAGCCGGGCCCCUCGUGGGCAGAGAGCACGGCAGCUGGUUAAAGGCUCGUUCAAACCGAAACAUCGCAGUGACCAGUCGGCGUCUAAGACUUCCGGCGCCGGAGUCACUGCGGUCCCGGAGCACGGUGAGAGCAAGGAGCUCGGAGGAGUUACCCAGGAGGCACUGGACCUCAUGGCUGCAGAAAACCCGUCCUCUCAGUACUGGAAGGAGGUGGCGGAGCGGCGGCGGAAGGCGCUCUAUGAAGCCCUGAAGGAGAACGAGAAGCUCCACAGAGAGAUCGAGCAGAAGGCGAGUGAGAUCGCCCGGCUGCAGAGGGAGAACCGGGUGCUGGCGGAGGCGGCGGAGCACGUGCAGCACAUGGCGGAGGUCCUCGAGCGGCUGAAAGGAGACGCGCUGGAGAGCUUCGAGUCACCGGACAGCGAGGGAUCUGACUCUGAGGAGGCGGCGGGCGAGGAUCCGGAGGCAGAGGCCCCAGUGCGGGCGUGAGUGCCCGGACCGCCGUGUCUUCCCCCGCGGACGCCCGGCCCGGCGUGAGCUGUGCGCAGACUCAGAACAGACAUGCCCGUGACCGCCACGACGGUUCUCGGUGGCAGAGCAAAGAGCUGUGACGCAGACGUCCUGUUUGAGCCCUGGGACCCUAUUGUGUUAAAAUACAACUACUGUAUGUUUUAAUCUAUGGCGUUUUAUGUAAAUAACAUUUUCUCAGAUGUCAGACACAACUUGUGUACAUGAUGAAUAAACUUCAUUUCCUCGUGAGCAUCUGUGUUUCUUGGAAAAA